CCCCAUCCGUGGCGCCCCACAAACUACCCCAUCCUUGGCGCCCCACAAACUACCCCAUCCGUGGCGCCCCACAAACUACCCCAUCCGUGGCGCCCCACAAACUACCCCAUCCGUGGCGCCCCACAAACUACCCCAUCCGUGGCGCCCCACAAACUACCCCAUCCUUGGCGCCCCACAAACUACCCCAUCCGUGGCGCCCCACAAACUACCCCAUCCGUGGCGCCCCACAAACUACCCCAUCCGUGGCGCCCCACAAACUACCCCAUCCGUGGCGCCCCACAAACUACCCCAUCCUUGGCGCCCCACAAACUACCCCAUCCGUGGCGCCCCACAAACUACCCCAUCCGUGGCGCCCCACAAACUACCCCAUCCUUGGCGCCCCACAAACUACCCCAUCCGUGGCGCCCCACAAACUACCCCAUCCGUGGCGCCCCACAAACUACCCCAUCCGUGGCGCCCCACAAACUACCCCAUCCGUGGCGCCCCACAAACUACCCCAUCCUUGGCGCCCCACAAACUACCCCAUCCGUGGCGCCCCACAAACUACCCCAUCCGUGGCGCCCCACAAACUUACCCCAUCCGUGGCGCCCCACAAACUACCCCAUCCGUGGCGCCCCACAAACUACCCCAUCCGUGGCGCCCCACAAACUACCCCAUCCGUGGCGCCCCACAAACUACCCCAUCCUUGGCGCCCCACAAACUACCCCAUCCGUGGCGCCCCACAAACUACCCCAUCCGUGGCGCCCCACAAACUACCCCAUCCGUGGCGCCCCACAAACUACCCCAUCCGUGGCGCCCCACAAACUACCCCAUCCGUGGCGCCCCACAAACUACCCCAUCCGUGGCGCCCCACAAACUACCCCAUCCGUGGCGCCCCACAAACUACCCCAUCCGUGGCGCCCCACAAACUACCCCAUCCUUGGCGCCCCACAAACUACCCCAUCCGUGGCGCCCCACAAACUACCCCAUCCGUGGCGCCCCACAAACUACCCCAUCCUUGGCGCCCCACAAACUACCCCAUCCGUGGCGCCCCACAAACUACCCCAUCCGUGGCGCCCCACAAACUACCCCAUCCUUGGCGCCCCACAAACUACCCCAUCCGUGGCGCCCCACAAACUACCCCAUCCGUGGCGCCCCACAAACUACCCCAUCCUUGGCGCCCCACAAACUACCCCAUCCGUGGCGCCCCACAAACUACCCCAUCCGUGGCGCCCCACAAACUACCCCAUCCUUGGCGCCCCACAAACUACCCCAUCCGUGGCGCCCCACAAACUACCCCAUCCGUGGCGCCCCACAAACUACCCCAUCCGUGGCGCCCCACAAACUACCCCAUCCGUGGCGCCCCACAAACUACCCCAUCCUUGGCGCCCCACAAACUACCCCAUCCGUGGCGCCCCACAAACUACCCCAUCCGUGGCGCCCCACAAACUACCCCAUCCGUGGCGCCCCACAAACUACCCCAUCCGUGGCGCCCCACAAACUACCCCAUCCGUGGCGCCCCACAAACUACCCCAUCCGUGGCGCCCCACAAACUACCCCAUCCGUGGCGCCCCACAAACUACCCCAUCCGUGGCGCCCCACAAACUACCCCAUCCUUGGCGCCCCACAAACUACCCCAUCCGUGGCGCCCCACAAACUACCUAAAUACCCCAUCCGUGGCGCCCCACAAACUACCCCAUCCGUGGCGCCCCACAAACUACCCCAUCCGUGGCGCCCCACAAACUACCCCAUCCGUGGCGCCCCACAAACUACCCCAUCCGUGGCGCCCCACAAACUACCCCAUCCUUGGCGCCCCACAAACUACCCCAUCCGUGGCGCCCCACAAACUACCCAUCCGUGGCGCCCCACAAACUACCCCAUCCUUGGCGCCCCACAAACUACCCCAUCCGUGGCGCCCCACAAACUACCCCAUCCGUGGCGCCCCACAAACUACCCCAUCCUUGGCGCCCCACAAACUACCCCAUCCGUGGCGCCCCACAAACUACCCCAUCCGUGGCGCCCCACAAACUACCCCAUCCGUGGCGCCCCACAAACUACCCCAUCCGUGGCGCCCCACAAACUACCCCAUCCUUGGCGCCCCACAAACUACCCCAUCCGUGGCGCCCCACAAACUACCCCAUCCGUGGCGCCCCACAAACUACCCCAUCCUUGGCGCCCCACAAACUACCCCAUCCGUGGCGCCCCACAAACUACCCCAUCCGUGGCGCCCCACAAACUACCCCAUCCUUGGCGCCCCACAAACUACCCCAUCCGUGGCGCCCCACAAACUACCCCAUCCGUGGCGCCCCACAAACUACCCCAUCCGUGGCGCCCCACAAACUACCCCAUCCUUGGCGCCCCACAAACUACCCCAUCCGUGGCGCCCCACAAACUACCCCAUCCGUGGCGCCCCACAAACUACCCCAUCCUUGGCGCCCCACAAACUACCCAUCCGUGGCGCCCCACAAACUACCCCAUCCGUGGCGCCCCACAAACUACCCCAUCCGUGGCGCCCCACAAACUACCCCCAUCCGUGGCGCCCCACAAACUACCCCAUCCGUGGCGCCCCACAAACUACCCCAUCCUUGGCGCCCCACAAACUACCCCAUCCGUGGCGCCCCACAAACUACCCCAUCCGUGGCGCCCCACAAACUACCCCAUCCUUGGCGCCCCACAAACUACCCCAUCCGUGGCGCCCCACAAACUACCCCAUCCGUGGCGCCCCACAAACUACCCCAUCCGUGGCGCCCCACAAACUACCCCAUCCGUGGCGCCCCACAAACUACCCCAUCCUUGGCGCCCCACAAACUACCCCAUCCGUGGCGCCCCACAAACUACCCCAUCCGUGGCGCCCCACAAACUACCCCAUCCUUGGCGCCCCACAAACUACCCCAUCCGUGGCGCCCCACAAACUACCCCAUCCGUGGCGCCCCACAAACUACCCCAUCCUUGGCGCCCCACAAACUACCCCAUCCGUGGCGCCCCACAAACUACCCCAUCCGUGGCGCCCCACAAACUACCCCAUCCUUGGCGCCCCACAAACUACCCCAUCCGUGGCGCCCCACAAACUACCCCAUCCGUGGCGCCCCACAAACUACCCCAUCCGUGGCGCCCCACAAACUACCCCAUCCUUGGCGCCCCACAAACUACCCCAUCCGUGGCGCCCCACAAACUACCCCAUCCGUGGCGCCCCACAAACUACCCCAUCCUUGGCGCCCCACAAACUACCCCAUCCGUGGCGCCCCACAAACUACCCCAUCCGUGGCGCCCCACAAACUACCCCAUCCUUGGCGCCCCACAAACUACCCCAUCCGUGGCGCCCCACAAACUACCCCAUCCGUGGCGCCCCACAAACUACCCCAUCCGUGGCGCCCCACAAACUACCCCAUCCGUGGCGCCCCACAAACUACCCCAUCCUUGGCGCCCCACAAACUACCCCAUCCGUGGCGCCCCACAAACUACCCCAUCCGUGGCGCCCCACAAACUACCCCAUCCUUGGCGCCCCACAAACUACCCCAUCCGUGGCGCCCCACAAACUACCCCAUCCGUGGCGCCCCACAAACUACCCCAUCCUUGGCGCCCCACAAACUACCCCAUCCGUGGCGCCCCACAAACUACCCCAUCCGUGGCGCCCACAAACUACCCCAUCCGUGGCGCCCCACAAACUACCCCAUCCUUGGCGCCCCACAAACUACCCCAUCCGUGGCGCCCCACAAACUACCCCAUCCGUGGCGCCCCACAAACUACCCCAUCCGUGGCGCCCCACAAACUACCCCAUCCGUGGCGCCCCACAAACUACCCCAUCCGUGGCGCCCCACAAACUACCCCAUCCGUGGCGCCCCACAAACUACCCCAUCCGUGGCGCCCCACAAACUACCCCAUCCGUGGCGCCCCACAAACUACCCCAUCCUUGGCGCCCCACAAACUACCCCAUCCGUGGCGCCCCACAAACUACCCCAUCCGUGGCGCCCCACAAACUACCCCAUCCUUGGCGCCCCACAAACUACCCCAUCCGUGGCGCCCCACAAACUACCCCAUCCGUGGCGCCCCACAAACUACCCCAUCCUUGGCGCCCCACAAACUACCCCAUCCGUGGCGCCCCACAAACUACCCCAUCCGUGGCGCCCCACAAACUACCCCAUCCGUGGCGCCCCACAAAACUACCCCAUCCGUGGCGCCCCACAAACUACCCCAUCCGUGGCGCCCCACAAACUACCCCAUCCGUGGCGCCCCACAAACUACCCCAUCCGUGGCGCCCCACAAACUACCCCAUCCUUGGCGCCCCACAAACUACCCCAUCCGUGGCGCCCCACAAACUACCCCAUCCGUGGCGCCCCACAAACUACCCCAUCCUUGGCGCCCCACAAACUACCCCAUCCGUGGCGCCCCACAAACUACCCCAUCCGUGGCGCCCCACAAACUACCCCAUCCUUGGCGCCCCACAAACUACCCCAUCCGUGGCGCCCCACAAACUACCCCAUCCGUGGCGCCCCACAAACUACCCCAUCCUUGGCGCCCCACAAACUACCCCAUCCGUGGCGCCCCACAAACUACCCCAUCCGUGGCGCCCCACAAACUACCCCAUCCGUGGCGCCCCACAAACUACCCCAUCCGUGGCGCCCCACAAACUACCCCAUCCGUGGCGCCCCACAAACUACCCCAUCCGUGGCGCCCCACAAACUACCCCAUCCGUGGCGCCCCACAAACUACCCCAUCCGUGGCGCCCCACAAACUACCCCAUCCGUGGCGCCCCACAAACUACCCCAUCCUUGGCGCCCCACAAACUACCCCAUCCGUGGCGCCCCACAAACUACCCCAUCCGUGGCGCCCCACAAACUACCCCAUCCUUGGCGCCCCACAAACUACCCCAUCCGUGGCGCCCCACAAACUACCCCAUCCGUGGCGCCCCACAAACUACCCCAUCCGUGGCGCCCCACAAACUACCCCAUCCGUGGCGCCCCACAAACUACCCCAUCCUUGGCGCCCCACAAACUACCCCAUCCGUGGCGCCCCACAAACUACCCCAUCCGUGGCGCCCCACAAACUACCCCAUCCGUGGCGCCCCACAAACUACCCCAUCCGUGGCGCCCCACAAACUACCCCAUCCGUGGCGCCCCACAAACUACCCCAUCCGUGGCGCCCCACAAACUACCCCAUCCGUGGCGCCCCACAAACUACCCCAUCCUUGGCGCCCCACAAACUACCCCAUCCGUGGCGCCCCACAAACUACCCCAUCCGUGGCGCCCCACAAACUACCCCAUCCUUGGCGCCCCACAAACUACCCCAUCCGUGGCGCCCCACAAACUACCCCAUCCGUGGCGCCCCACAAACUACCCCAUCCGUGGCGCCCCACAAACUACCCCAUCCGUGGCGCCCCACAAACUACCCCAUCCGUGGCGCCCCACAAACUACCCCAUCCGUGGCGCCCCACAAAACUACCCCAUCCGUGGCGCCCCACAAACUACCCCAUCCGUGGCGCCCCACAAACUACCCCAUCCGUGGCGCCCCACAAACUACCCCAUCCGUGGCGCCCCACAAACUACCCCAUCCGUGGCGCCCCACAAACUACCCCAUCCUUGGCGCCCCACAAACUACCCCAUCCGUGGCGCCCCACAAACUACCCCAUCCGUGGCGCCCCACAAACUACCCCAUCCUUGGCGCCCCACAAACUACCCCAUCCGUGGCGCCCCACAAACUACCCCAUCCGUGGCGCCCCACAAACUACCCCAUCCGUGGCGCCCCACAAACUACCCCAUCCGUGGCGCCCCACAAACUACCCCAUCCUUGGCGCCCCACAAACUACCCCAUCCGUGGCGCCCCACAAACUACCCCAUCCGUGGCGCCCCACAAACUACCCCAUCCUUGGCGCCCCACAAACUACCCCAUCCGUGGCGCCCCACAAACUACCCCAUCCGUGGCGCCCCACAAACUACCCCAUCCUUGGCGCCCCACAAACUACCCCAUCCGUGGCGCCCCACAAACUACCCCAUCCGUGGCGCCCCACAAACUACCCCAUCCGUGGCGCCCCACAAACUACCCCAUCCGUGGCGCCCCACAAACUACCCCAUCCGUGGCGCCCCACAAACUACCCCAUCCGUGGCGCCCCCACAAACUACCCCAUCCGUGGCGCCCCACAAACUACCCCAUCCGUGGCGCCCCACAAACUACCCCAUCCGUGGCGCCCCACAAACUACCCCAUCCGUGGCGCCCCACAAACUACCCCAUCCGUGGCGCCCCACAAACUACCCCAUCCGUGGCGCCCCACAAACUACCCCAUCCGUGGCGCCCCACAAACUACCCCAUCCGUGGCGCCCCACAAACUACCCCAUCCUUGGCGCCCCACAAACUACCCCAUCCGUGGCGCCCCACAAACUACCCCAUCCGUGGCGCCCCACAAACUACCCCAUCCGUGGCGCCCCACAAACUACCCCAUCCGUGGCGCCCCACAAACUACCCCAUCCGUGGCGCCCCACAAACUACCCCAUCCGUGGCGCCCCACAAACUACCCCAUCCUUGGCGCCCCACAAACUACCCCAUCCGUGGCGCCCCACAAACUACCCCAUCCGUGGCGCCCCACAAACUACCCCAUCCUUGGCGCCCCACAAACUACCCCAUCCGUGGCGCCCCACAAACUACCCCAUCCGUGGCGCCCCACAAACUACCCCAUCCUUGGCGCCCCACAAACUACCCCAUCCGUGGCGCCCCACAAACUACCCCAUCCGUGGCGCCCCACAAACUACCCCAUCCGUGGCGCCCCACAAACUACCCCAUCCGUGGCGCCCCACAAACUACCCCAUCCUUGGCGCCCCACAAACUACCCCAUCCGUGGCGCCCCACAAACUACCCCAUCCGUGGCGCCCCACAAACUACCCCAUCCUUGGCGCCCCACAAACUACCCCAUCCGUGGCGCCCCACAAACUACCCCAUCCGUGGCGCCCCACAAACUACCCCAUCCUUGGCGCCCCACAAACUACCCCAUCCUUGGCGCCCCACAAACUACCCCAUCCGUGGCGCCCCACAAACUACCCCAUCCGUGGCGCCCCACAAACUACCCCAUCCUUGGCGCCCCACAAACUACCCCAUCCGUGGCGCCCCACAAACUACCCCAUCCGUGGCGCCCCACAAACUACCCCAUCCUUGGCGCCCCACAAACUACCCCAUCCGUGGCGCCCCACAAACUACCCCAUCCGUGGCGCCCCACAAACUACCCCAUCCGUGGCGCCCCACAAACUACCCCAUCCGUGGCGCCCCACAAACUACCCCAUCCGUGGCGCCCCACAAACUACCCCAUCCGUGGCGCCCCACAAACUACCCCAUCCUUGGCGCCCCACAAACUACCCCAUCCGUGGCGCCCCACAAACUACCCCAUCCGUGGCGCCCCACAAACUACCCCAUCCGUGGCGCCCCACAAACUACCCCAUCCGUGGCGCCCCACAAACUACCCCAUCCGUGGCGCCCCACAAACUACCCCAUCCGUGGCGCCCCACAAACUACCCCAUCCGUGGCGCCCCACAAACUACCCCAUCCGUGGCGCCCCACAAACUACCCCAUCCGUGGCGCCCCACAAACUACCCCAUCCGUGGCGCCCCACAAACUACCCCAUCCGUGGCGCCCCACAAACUACCCCAUCCGUGGCGCCCCACAAACUACCCCAUCCGUGGCGCCCCACAAACUACCCCAUCCGUGGCGCCCCACAAACUACCCCAUCCGUGGCGCCCCACAAACUACCCCAUCCGUGGCGCCCCACAAACUACCCCAUCCGUGGCGCCCCACAAACUACCCCAUCCUUGGCGCCCCACAAACUACCCCAUCCGUGGCGCCCCACAAACUACCCCAUCCGUGGCGCCCCACAAACUACCCCAUCCUUGGCGCCCCACAAACUACCCCAUCCGUGGCGCCCCACAAACUACCCCAUCCGUGGCGCCCCACAAACUACCCCAUCCGUGGCGCCCCACAAACUACCCCAUCCGUGGCGCCCCACAAACUACCCCAUCCUUGGCGCCCCACAAACUACCCCAUCCGUGGCGCCCCACAAACUACCCCAUCCGUGGCGCCCCACAAACUACCCCAUCCUUGGCGCCCCACAAACUACCCCAUCCGUGGCGCCCCACAAACUACCCCAUCCUUGGCGCCCCACAAACUACCCCAUCCGUGGCGCCCCACAAACUACCCCAUCCGUGGCGCCCCACAAACUACCCCAUCCUUGGCGCCCCACAAACUACCCCAUCCGUGGCGCCCCACAAACUACCCCAUCCGUGGCGCCCCACAAACUACCCCAUCCUUGGCGCCCCACAAACUACCCCAUCCGUGGCGCCCCACAAACUACCCCAUCCGUGGCGCCCCACAAACUACCCCAUCCUUGGCGCCCCACAAACUACCCCAUCCGUGGCGCCCCACAAACUACCCCAUCCGUGGCGCCCCACAAACUACCCCAUCCGUGGCGCCCCACAAACUACCCCAUCCUUGGCGCCCCACAAACUACCCCAUCCUUGGCGCCCCACAAACUACCCCAUCCGUGGCGCCCCACAAACUACCCCAUCCGUGGCGCCCCACAAACUACCCCAUCCUUGGCGCCCCACAAACUACCCCAUCCGUGGCGCCCCACAAACUACCCCAUCCGUGGCGCCCCACAAACUACCCCAUCCUUGGCGCCCCACAAACUACCCCAUCCGUGGCGCCCCACAAACUACCCCAUCCGUGGCGCCCCACAAACUACCCCAUCCGUGGCGCCCCACAAACUACCCCAUCCGUGGCGCCCCACAAACUACCCCAUCCGUGGCGCCCCACAAACUACCCCAUCCUUGGCGCCCCACAAACUACCCCAUCCGUGGCGCCCCACAAACUACCCCAUCCGUGGCGCCCCACAAACUACCCCAUCCUUGGCGCCCCACAAACUACCCCAUCCGUGGCGCCCCACAAACUACCCCAUCCGUGGCGCCCCACAAACUACCCCAUCCGUGGCGCCCCACAAACUACCCCAUCCGUGGCGCCCCACAAACUACCCCAUCCUUGGCGCCCCACAAACUACCCCAUCCGUGGCGCCCCACAAACUACCCCAUCCGUGGCGCCCCACAAACUACCCCAUCCGUGGCGCCCCACAAACUACCCCAUCCUUGGCGCCCCACAAACUACCCCAUCCGUGGCGCCCCACAAACUACCCCCAUCCGUGGCGCCCCACAAACUACCCCAUCCUUGGCGCCCCACAAACUACCCCAUCCGUGGCGCCCCACAAACUACCCCAUCCGUGGCGCCCCACAAACUACCCCAUCCUUGGCGCCCCACAAACUACCCCAUCCGUGGCGCCCCACAAACUACCCCAUCCGUGGCGCCCCACAAACUACCCCAUCCGUGGCGCCCCACAAACUACCCCAUCCUUGGCGCCCCACAAACUACCCCAUCCGUGGCGCCCCACAAACUACCCCAUCCGUGGCGCCCCACAAACUACCCCAUCCGUGGCGCCCCACAAACUACCCCAUCCGUGGCGCCCCACAAACUACCCCAUCCGUGGCGCCCCACAAACUACCCCAUCCGUGGCGCCCCACAAACUACCCCAUCCGUGGCGCCCCACAAACUACCCCAUCCGUGGCGCCCCACAAACUACCCCAUCCGUGGCGCCCCACAAACUACCCCAUCCGUGGCGCCCCACAAACUACCCCAUCCGUGGCGCCCCACAAACUACCCCAUCCGUGGCGCCCCACAAACUACCCCAUCCGUGGCGCCCCACAAACUACCCCAUCCUUGGCGCCCCACAAACUACCCCAUCCGUGGCGCCCCACAAACUACCCCAUCCGUGGCGCCCCACAAACUACCCCAUCCUUGGCGCCCCACAAACUACCCCAUCCGUGGCGCCCCACAAACUACCCCAUCCGUGGCGCCCCACAAACUACCCCAUCCGUGGCGCCCCACAAACUACCCCAUCCUUGGCGCCCCACAAACUACCCCAUCCUUGGCGCCCCACAAACUACCCCAUCCGUGGCGCCCCCACAAACUACCCCAUCCUUGGCGCCCCACAAACUACCCCAUCCGUGGCGCCCCACAAACUACCCCAUCCGUGGCGCCCCACAAACUACCCCAUCCGUGGCGCCCCACAAACUACCCCAUCCGUGGCGCCCCACAAACUACCCCAUCCGUGGCGCCCCACAAACUACCCCAUCCGUGGCGCCCCACAAACUACCCCAUCCGUGGCGCCCCACAAACUACCCCAUCCGUGGCGCCCCACAAACUACCCCAUCCGUGGCGCCCCACAAACUACCCCAUCCUUGGCGCCCCACAAACUACCCCAUCCGUGGCGCCCCACAAACUACCCCAUCCGUGGCGCCCCACAAACUACCCCAUCCGUGGCGCCCCACAAACUACCCCAUCCGUGGCGCCCCACAAACUACCCCAUCCGUGGCGCCCCACAAACUACCCCAUCCGUGGCGCCCCACAAACUACCCCAUCCUUGGCGCCCCACAAACUACCCCAUCCGUGGCGCCCCACAAACUACCCCAUCCGUGGCGCCCCACAAACUACCCCAUCCGUGGCGCCCCACAAACUACCCCAUCCUUGGCGCCCCACAAACUACCCAAUCUUGCGCCCACAAACUAACCCAUCCGUGGCGCCCCACAAACUACCCCAUCCGUGGCGCCCCACAAACUACCCCAUCCGUGGCGCCCCACAAACUACCCCAUCCGUGGCGCCCCACAAACUACCCCAUCCUUGGCGCCCCACAAACUACCCCAUCCGUGGCGCCCCACAAACUACCCCAUCCGUGGCGCCCCACAAACUACCCAUCCGUGGCGCCCCACAAACUACCCCAUCCGUGGCGCCCCACAAACUACCCCAUCCGUGGCGCCCCACAAACUACCCCAUCCGUGGCGCCCCACAAACUACCCCAUCCGUGGCGCCCCACAAACUACCCCAUCCGUGGCGCCCCACAAACUACCCCAUCCGUGGCGCCCCACAAACUACCCCAUCCUUGGCGCCCCACAAACUACCCCAUCCUUGGCGCCCCACAAACUACCCCAUCCGUGGCGCCCCACAAACUACCCCAUCCGUGGCGCCCCACAAACUACCCCAUCCUUGGCGCCCCACAAACUACCCCAUCCGUGGCGCCCCACAAACUACCCCAUCCGUGGCGCCCCACAAACUACCCCAUCCUUGGCGCCCCACAAACUACCCCAUCCGUGGCGCCCCACAAACUACCCCAUCCGUGGCGCCCCACAAACUACCCCAUCCGUGGCGCCCCACAAACUACCCCAUCCGUGGCGCCCCACAAACUACCCCAUCCGUGGCGCCCCACAAACUACCCCAUCCGUGGCGCCCCACAAACUACCCCAUCCUUGGCGCCCCACAAACUACCCCAUCCGUGGCGCCCCACAAACUACCCCAUCCGUGGCGCCCCACAAACUACCCCAUCCGUGGCGCCCCACAAACUACCCCAUCCGUGGCGCCCCACAAACUACCCCAUCCGUGGCGCCCCACAAACUACCCCAUCCGUGGCGCCCCACAAACUACCCCAUCCGUGGCGCCCCACAAACUACCCCAUCCGUGGCGCCCCACAAACUACCCCAUCCUUGGCGCCCCACAAACUACCCCAUCCGUGGCGCCCCACAAACUACCCCAUCCGUGGCGCCCCACAAACUACCCCAUCCUUGGCGCCCCACAAACUACCCCAUCCGUGGCGCCCCACAAACUACCCCAUCCGUGGCGCCCCACAAACUACCCCAUCCUUGGCGCCCCACAAACUACCCCAUCCGUGGCGCCCCACAAACUACCCCAUCCGUGGCGCCCCACAAACUACCCCAUCCUUGGCGCCCCACAAACUACCCCAUCCGUGGCGCCCCACAAACUACCCCAUCCGUGGCGCCCCACAAACUACCCCAUCCUUGGCGCCCCACAAACUACCCCAUCCUUGGCGCCCCACAAACUACCCCAUCCGUGGCGCCCCACAAACUACCCCAUCCGUGGCGCCCCACAAACUACCCCAUCCGUGGCGCCCCACAAACUACCCCAUCCGUGGCGCCCCACAAACUACCCCAUCCGUGGCGCCCCACAAACUACCCCAUCCGUGGCGCCCCACAAACUACCCCAUCCGUGGCGCCCCACAAACUACCCCAUCCGUGGCGCCCCACAAACUACCCCAUCCGUGCGCCCCACAAACUACCCCAUCCGUGGCGCCCCACAAACUACCCCAUCCGUGGCGCCCCACAAACUACCCCAUCCUUGGCGCCCCACAAACUACCCCAUCCGUGGCGCCCCACAAACUACCCCAUCCGUGGCGCCCCACAAACUACCCCAUCCGUGGCGCCCCACAAACUACCCCAUCCGUGGCGCCCCACAAACUACCCCAUCCUUGGCGCCCCACAAACUACCCCAUCCGUGGCGCCCCACAAACUACCCCAUCCGUGGCGCCCCACAAACUACCCCAUCCGUGGCGCCCCACAAACUACCCCAUCCGUGGCGCCCCACAAACUACCCCAUCCGUGGCGCCCCACAAACUACCCCAUCCGUGGCGCCCCACAAACUACCCCAUCCGUGGCGCCCCACAAACUACCCCAUCCGUGGCGCCCCACAAACUACCCCAUCCGUGGCGCCCCACAAACUACCCCAUCCGUGGCGCCCCACAAACUACCCCAUCCUUGGCGCCCCACAAACUACCCCAUCCGUGGCGCCCCACAAACUACCCCAUCCGUGGCGCCCCACAAACUACCCCAUCCGUGGCGCCCCACAAACUACCCCAUCCUUGGCGCCCCACAAACUACCCCAUCCGUGGCGCCCCACAAACUACCCCAUCCGUGGCGCCCCACAAACUACCCCAUCCGUGGCGCCCCACAAACUACCCCAUCCUUGGCGCCCCACAAACUACCCCAUCCGUGGCGCCCCACAAACUACCCCAUCCGUGGCGCCCCACAAACUACCCCAUCCGUGGCGCCCCACAAACUACCCCAUCCGUGGCGCCCCACAAACUACCCCAUCCGUGGCGCCCCACAAACUACCCCAUCCGUGGCGCCCCACAAACUACCCCAUCCUUGGCGCCCCACAAACUACCCCAUCCGUGGCGCCCCACAAACUACCCCAUCCGUGGCGCCCCACAAACUACCCCAUCCGUGGCGCCCCACAAACUACCCCAUCCGUGGCGCCCCACAAACUACCCCAUCCGUGGCGCCCCACAAACUACCCCAUCCGUGGCGCCCCACAAACUACCCCAUCCUUGGCGCCCCACAAACUACCCCAUCCGUGGCGCCCCACAAACUACCCCAUCCGUGGCGCCCCACAAACUACCCCAUCCGUGGCGCCCCACAAACUACCCCAUCCUUGGCGCCCCACAAACUACCCCAUCCGUGGCGCCCCACAAACUACCCCAUCCGUGGCGCCCCACAAACUACCCCAUCCGUGGCGCCCCACAAAACUACCCCAUCCUUGGCGCCCCACAAACUACCCCAUCCGUGGCGCCCCACAAACUACCCCAUCCUUGGCGCCCCACAAACUACCCCAUCCGUGGCGCCCCACAAACUACCCCAUCCGUGGCGCCCCACAAACUACCCCAUCCGUGGCGCCCCACAAACUACCCCAUCCUUGGCGCCCCACAAACUACCCCAUCCGUGGCGCCCCACAAACUACCCCAUCCGUGGCGCCCCACAAACUACCCCAUCCUUGGCGCCCCACAAACUACCCCAUCCGUGGCGCCCCACAAACUACCCCAUCCGUGGCGCCCCACAAACUACCCCAUCCGUGGCGCCCCACAAACUACCCCAUCCUUGGCGCCCCACAAACUACCCCAUCCGUGGCGCCCCACAAACUACCCCAUCCGUGGCGCCCCACAAACUACCCCAUCCUUGGCGCCCCACAAACUACCCCAUCCGUGGCGCCCCACAAACUACCCCAUCCGUGGCGCCCCACAAACUACCCCAUCCGUGGCGCCCCACAAACUACCCCAUCCGUGGCGCCCCACAAACUACCCCAUCCUUGGCGCCCCACAAACUACCCCAUCCGUGGCGCCCCACAAACUACCCCAUCCGUGGCGCCCCACAAACUACCCCAUCCGUGGCGCCCCACAAACUACCCCAUCCGUGGCGCCCCACAAACUACCCCAUCCGUGGCGCCCCACAAACUACCCCAUCCGUGGCGCCCCACAAACUACCCCAUCCGUGGCGCCCCACAAACUACCCCAUCCGUGGCGCCCCACAAACUACCCCAUCCGUGGCGCCCCACAAACUACCCCAUCCGUGGCGCCCCACAAACUACCCCAUCCGUGGCGCCCCACAAACUACCCCAUCCGUGGCGCCCCACAAACUACCCCAUCCGUGGCGCCCCACAAACUACCCCAUCCUUGGCGCCCCACAAACUACCCCAUCCGUGGCGCCCCACAAACUACCCCAUCCGUGGCGCCCCACAAACUACCCCAUCCUUGGCGCCCCACAAACUACCCCAUCCGUGGCGCCCCACAAACUACCCCAUCCGUGGCGCCCCACAAACUACCCCAUCCUUGGCGCCCCACAAACUACCCCAUCCGUGGCGCCCCACAAACUACCCCAUCCGUGGCGCCCCACAAACUACCCCAUCCUUGGCGCCCCACAAACUACCCCAUCCGUGGCGCCCCACAAACUACCCCAUCCGUGGCGCCCCACAAACUACCCCAUCCGUGGCGCCCCACAAACUACCCCAUCCGUGGCGCCCCACAAACUACCCCAUCCGUGGCGCCCCACAAACUACCCCAUCCGUGGCGCCCCACAAACUACCCCAUCCGUGGCGCCCCACAAACUACCCCAUCCGUGGCGCCCCACAAACUACCCCAUCCGUGGCGCCCCACAAACUACCCCAUCCGUGGCGCCCCACAAACUACCCCAUCCGUGGCGCCCCACAAACUACCCCAUCCGUGGCGCCCCACAAACUACCCCAUCCGUGGCGCCCCACAAACUACCCCAUCCGUGGCGCCCCACAAACUACCCCAUCCCCGGCAUGCUGCUUAUUGA